CUUCACAACAACCCUGUGAGAAAGCAGCACUGCAGAACCGGGGCUUGUAGUCAGCGAUGUUGCAAUGCAGACAUGCUCAGGAGUUCAGCUUUGGGCCCCGGGCGUUGAAGGAUGCUCUGAUCUCCACCAACCCGGCCCUGCAGGAGCUUUAUGCCAAGGCCUUCUCCAGCGCUGAGAAGCUCUUCCUCUCCGAGGCCUACAACCCCCACAGGACGCUUUUCUGUGGCUUGUUCAUCCGUACCGCCUUCGACUGGCUCCUCAGUCACCCUGAUGCCCCCGAGGACUUUGAAACCUUCUACUAUUCCCUAUUGAGGAGAAAGCAGAGGUUCUGCCGCAAGCACAUCUACCUGCAGCCCAUAGACCUGAGCGAAGGGCCUGUCGGGAGCUCACUGCUGAAUUCCCUCCGGAGCUGCGUUGAGUCUUUCUUUUGGGGCCUCCGGGUCAAGUGCCUUCCUUCCAUCUCCGUUUCCUCCAUCCAUUGCUGCUACCGACACAACCAGGACUCAGACAGAGUGCAACUCCAUGCCGAUGGGAUCCUGACCUUUCUGAAGAACAACAAGCCAAUGGACGCCCUCUGUGUCCUGGGUCUCACCCUUGCAGACCUCUACCCACGCGAGACGUGGAGCUUCACCUUCGGCAAAUUCUUACCAGGCCAAGAAGUGGGCGUUUGCAGCUUUGCCAGGUUUUCUGGCGACUUCUCCCAGGUGGCUUGUACCACUUUAAGCCCAUCUCCAUGGAGACAAGAGGUGCACAACGAAGUCGUGGAGCAGGCUGGAAACCAGGAGUUGCUCUUCAACAUGUUGGAAAUGCUCCAGUGUUGCAAGGUCACAUGCCACGAGAUCUGCCAUCUGAUUGGCUUGGGGAACUGCCGUUGGCUUCAGUGCAUCAUGCAAGGUGCCUUGAGUUUGGAUGAAGUUCUGCUGCGGCCGCUGGAGCCCUGCCCGAUAUGCCUUCGGAAGCUGCAGUACGUCGUGGGCUUCAGGCUCAUUGAGCGCUACAGGAAACUCUAUGCCUGGAUGCAAACCGUUUCGUCUACCUGGCUCAGCCAAGGAUCGAGCGAUCUGUCUACGUCAGAGGACAUUUUGCCGCACAGCGUGGACUCCGGCGUGGGCUACGAGAACGAUUCUGAGGCGGUAACGUCCCUCUCGGAGCCCCUGACUCCGGACACUUCCAGCCAAGCUGUUUCCACCUUGCAGGAUCUCGACCUUGAUGAACAGUCGUGUUCUCUGGCUGAUGCCCCCAGCCAGGAACAGUUGGCCAGCGCCCCCAAGCCCUCGGACAUGAUUAAGGAGUACACGAUGUGGCUCGAGAUGUGCAUUGCCGCUCUCGAAAAGGACGUCUCCGAGGAGGAGAUUCUGCAAGUGGACCAGACCGUGGACGCUCUGGCACGGUGGGAGUUGUUCACGGGACGGCUGCCUAACACCCGGAGGGACCUGUCUUUUCCCAGUGACAGUCCAGGGCUAAGAAAAGUCCUGGGAGACAAGUUCUCCUCCUUGAGAAGGAAACUCAGCUCCAGGAGAGCGGAAUCUUCACCCCGCCGGUGGAAAUGGGAGGAGAGCUAGCCCCACCAAGACACUUUGCUGGCUUCUAAACAUUUUCUCUCUCCAGUGGGUUAAAUGUGGGUUUUGUUAGUCCUGUUACUUCUUGUUAUGCCUCUUGUCUGUUUCACUGCAAGUUCUCGUUGUUUUGUUCAGAGAAAGAGCCAAGAACUCCCUGAGUGCAAUAAAAGAAGCUUCUAUUGGCAGCUUUUCUUGCCCU